AAAUAUGACCUCUCAUUAUUAUGAGGAUGAUGCAACCUUCAUGUGGAAAGGAAUAAUGUCUUCAUACAAAAACACUCUGGGGCUAGUCAAGAGAAUUGAUCUCUCAAGCAACAGAUUAACUGGGGAGAUUCCAAGUGAAAUCACUCAUCUUGUUGGGCUCGUUUCUCUGAAUCUUUCAAGGAACAAUUUGACUGGACAAAUACCUCUAGAGAUUGGAAAGUUGAAGUCACUAGAUUCUCUUGAUUUGUCUAGCAACAAGAUAGGUGGCAGGAUUCCAACAAGCCUUGAUCGGAUCGAUAGACUUACUUACAUGAAUUUAUCAUAUAACAACUUGUCUGGUGAAAUUCCAACUGGUACUCAGCUCCAGAGCUUUGAUCCGUCCUUUUAUGCCGGAAAUCCUCAAUUGUGUGGACGUCCACUUGAAGCUUGUAAUCUAGAGGGAACUGGUCGGCCAAAUGUCUCGAGUGAUCAAGAAGAUCCAGAUGAGCUCAUCACACCGGGCUUUUACAUAAGUCUGGGACUUGGAUUUGCUGUUGGAUUCUGGGUUGUCUGUGGGACCUUGAUAUUCAAGCGGUCAUGGAGAUAUGCAUACUACAACUUCUUGAAUGCUUUAAAUGAUUGGCUUUAUGUGAGGGUAGCUUUGAUCAGACGGCGAUUAAAGGAUAUGCUUAGUGGACAAUCUUAA